AGAGUCCCAGCCCGAUGAGCAUUAUAUAAACACCAACCCCCUACAUCCACAUGUUUCUAUGUGUUCAAAUCAACACAACCAAGAUGUUUUCCUCUAUAAGCGCCUUUUUCGGGAUCCAAAAAAGCCAAGAAUGUAUUUUUUGCGACCGGGAAAAACUCGCCGCUCCUGUUUACGAGAAUGAAGAAGUAUUCGCCAUUGACAAUAUCAGAAAAGCGGGAGAAUCGCAUUGGUUGAUCAUACCCAAGCGACAUAUUCGUGAUAUUGAAAAAUUGGAUGCUGGAGAAGCUAUAUUACAAGAACUGGACAAUGUUAAGAAACAUCUCCUGCAGGCAUACUAUCCGGAUAUCCCUAAAGAACAUGUUCAUUCUGGGUAUCAUCGUGGACAUCGACCAAUGGUUGGUACAUUAGGUCUGCCUGAUAUAAUAUCCGUCCACCAUCUUCAUCUUCAUGUGAUUGUUUAUCCAUUUAGCAUAUUAAAGAUGUUCAAGUAUCCGAAUUGGCUGUCAUUGAUGUGGGCGAAUGAUGAGGAGAUUCUACAGAGGGCUGUUACACACAAGUCGGUUUAAUUUGUUAGAUAUUCAAGUUAUGAAAUAAAUCAGGACCAGAUAAUGAGUAUACAGGGCUGCUUCAGUGCUCAUACAUUGUGAGGGCUCGACGCCCCCGGUGUUGUCCAGAUGCUUUUGGAAUAUGUCUAUGGUUGGGUAUUGGCUUGCCCGGCUGUUAUUGCUCGUGUGUGUAUAGAAGGUCUGGUAAACUAUAGACUUAUUGAUUUCAUUUUCAUGGUGCC